AUGGCCAUUCAUCCUGUCAGCGUGGCUCUCACGACAGCACGAGAUAAAUACAUCCAGCGCAAUCCCGUUUCGAAGAAGCUGCAUGAAGAAUCACACGAAUUCAUGCCCGGCGGGAACACAAGAACGGUUCUACAUGUUUCGCCCUUCCCCAUCACCUUUGCAAGCGGCAAGGAUGCCACAUUAAGUUCCGUCGACAAUGACACCUAUGUUGAUUUUCUCGGAGAGUACAGCGCCGGUAUUUUCGGCCACUCAAAUUCCCGUAUUGCAGAGGCUGUCCACGAGGCGCUCUCAAAGGGGUGGAACUACGGUGGUCAUACUGUUAUGGAGAAGAUUCUGGCCAAGAAGGUUGUCACUCGAUUCCGUCCCAGCGGCAUGGACUUGGUUCGAUUCACCAACUCUGGCACUGAAUCCAACACCGUGGCCAUUGCCGCCGCCCUAGCCAUUACUGGGCGCCGAAAGAUCCUGGUCUUCAGCAACGGUUACCAUGGCGGCACACUGAUCUUCCCAAUGGACCUGAUAAACAACCCAGCCACACGCAAUGUCAACCUUCCUCACGACUUUGUAUUCGCGCCUUACAACAAUAUCGAGGAAACCGAAGCCAUUAUUAGCGCCCUGGCCUCACAGAGUCUCGCAGCGAUUCUUGUCGAACCUGUUCAGGGCUCUGGUGGGUGCCGACCAGCAACAAAGGGUUUCCUUCGUUAUCUGCGUGAAAAGGCUGACGAGCAGCAAUGCUUGCUGAUUAUUGACGAAGUCAUGGCUUCAAGGCUCGGCCCCAACGGCUGCAGCGCCGCUAUGGGGAUUAAAGCGGAUAUUAUAACCCUAGGAAAGUACGUCGGAGGUGGUAUGACCUUCGGAGCUUUCGGUGGAAGACGAGAUAUCAUGGAGGUCUUUGAUCCCGAAAAAGGCGGCCUCCAACACCCUGGCACUUACAAUAACAAUGUCAUUACCAUGUCAGCCGGUGUCGUUGGGUUGGACAUCUAUAACGCCUCAGAGGUGGAAAGGCUGAAUGUACUUGGCACCAACUUCAAGACAAACCUUCAAGGGGUCCUCAUUAAGUACGGCAUUUACCCUGAACAUGCAGCUGGUGCAUGCCGAGACAUCAUUGAGGUAGACAGCUUCAAGAACGAUACCCUCAUAUACCCCGAAGAUUUAUCAUUGACACCCCAUGAACCGCUACCGAUUAUGUUUAUCACCGGCUACGGUAGUAUGGUGAAUGUCCGAUUCAGCGGGCCUUCCGCUGCGGAUCUCAGAGCUCUAUACUACUUUCACAUGCUUGAGAACAAUAUUUACCUGGCUCCUCGAGGAUACACACCAUUGAAUCUUGAGCUCAACGACAAUGAUUUGGUGAAGUACUUGACGGCAUUUGAAGAUUUUGUGAAUAAGUAUAAGGCCCUCUUGGGACUUUGA